AUGGAAAACGAGACAGCAGCCAAAACGAUAGUCACCCGGGCAAACCAGAAACCUCGGAUGACCAAGGAGGUGCGAGCGAAGCUGAGAGAACGAAAUGCUGAGUUUAAAUCUGGUGAUGCUGUGGCUCUCAGGUCUACAAGGGCUAACCUGAACCGGGUCAUCGCCAAGCGAGCCCAUAGCCGGAAAAUCCAAGGUCUCUUCCAAGACUCCAACGACACGAGGAAACUGUGGCAGGGCAUCCAGUCUGUCACAGACUACAAACCCCCCCCCUCAUCCUGA